AUGGUUUCUAUGAAAGGCGUUCAGUUGCUGCACCGAGCGAGAGGAUCCUUCCAGAAGUCGUCCGUGUCGCUACUUUUCCAAGCUUCUCACGGCUGUGCUUUCCCCAUCUUGCCUGCACCCGCGUCCGUGCGACCGUCCUCGCUGCCUCGCAAGCACUCCACCCUCUCGUCCACAAAUUCCGCUCUUAACGCCAAAGCGGAUCAUCUCUCGAUCCGCGCAAGUCCUCUCAUGCUUCGCCACGCGCGCUCUCGCGGCCUCGCCAGGCUCCCGCCGCCCACGCGCGGCGGCGCGGCGAUAUGCGGCAGUCACAGCGCUGGCGACGGAUGCGCGACGGGCGCACCAUCAGGCGGGCAGGAGAUUCAACGGGACGCGCGCACGCAUGUCUCGUCCACGCAAGUCGCGAGCAGCCACGUCGCAGCAGCGGAGGUGCUGUGGAGAGCAGAGCGGUCAGGGGCGGUGUGUGGCGGUGAACGGGCGGCAGCAUGCAGCCACGCGGCAGCUGAGGGCGCAGAGAGGGCGGGCGGCAUGCGUGGCGCCGCGCCCCAACCCCUCCACACGCCAUCCCUUCUCCGCCUCACUCCACUGAGCCCCGCCCAUUCCCGUAGCGUCCACUGCAACCUCCACCGCGUGUUUCACGCCGCCCCUCACUGCCUCUCAGCUCGCGCCGCUCCAUUCGCCGCUUCCAAUCCACUUGAAUCAGCCACUGCCACGUGGCAGCGCAGCUCGCUCUUUCACCGUGCCUUCCACGCGUCAGGCGCCGCAGCGGCAGCGGCAGCAGCAGCGGGGGGAAGGGGGCGGGAUUACUAUGCGGUGUUGGGGGUGUCAAGGAAGGCAACGGCCGCCGAAAUCAAAAAGGCCUUCUAUGCGCUGGCGAAGAAGUACCACCCGGACGCGAACAAGGACGACCCCAAUGCAGCCAAGAAGUUCCAAGAAGUGCAGCAGGCGUACGAGGUGCUAAAGGAUGAUGAAAAGAGGGCCAUGUACGAUCAGGUUGGACCGGAGGCGUUUGAGGGGGGGGCAGCAGGGGGCCCAGGCGCAGGGGCGGGUGCUCAGGGCUUCGGCGGAUUCUCUGGCUUCGGAGGGCCGUCGGACUUCGAAGAGAUGCUGGGCGGCAUCUUUGGGCGCAUGGGCGGCAUGGGCGGCAUGGGUAUGGGCAUGGGCAUGGGGGCGGCGGGGCCGAAGGGGGGCGAGAGUGUGCAGAUGGCGGUGAGGCUGACGCUGAGGGAGGCUGCGGACGGCUGCUCGCGCCACCUCUCCUUCUCUGCUCCCGCGCGCUGCUCCUCCUGCAGCGGAUCAGGCAUGCCCAAGGGGUACCAGCCCACCCCAUGCAAGGCGUGCAAGGGGCAAGGCAUGGAGAUGCGGCGGAUGGGGGCGUCAGUGGUGAUGCAGACGUGCUCCUCCUGUGGCGGCCAGGGCGUCUUUGUCAAGGAGUGGUGCAAGACAUGUCAUGGGGAGGGCACAGUGAAGGAGAGGCGGGAAGUGGAUGUCUCCAUACCAGCAGGGGUGGACUCGGGAGUGACUCUGAGGGUGCCGGGGCAGGGAGGCGCAGGGGGGAAAGGGGCUCCACCUGGGGACCUGCUGCUGAACAUUCAGGUGGAGGAGGACGCGGUGUUCAAGAGGGACGGCAACGACAUCCACGUCGACCUCCACGUCUCCUUCCCCCAGGCGUGUCUGGGAGCAUCAGUGCCGGUGCCAACACUCUCCGGGGAGGUCAUCCUUAAGAUCAAGCCGGGCACUCAGCCAGGCCAGGUGCUCCAGCUGCGCGAUAAAGUCUGCUGCCUUCAACAUACGGUUUCCUGUUUGCUGUGCACCCAUGGCAUUUUCCUGUUUGCGGUGCACCCAUGGCAUUUUCACUCCCACAUUCGUACCCUUUCACUUACCUCCAUCUCACUUCCCCGUCUCUUCCUCCCAUCUCUUCCCCACUCUCCCUCUCCCCCUUCCAUCCCUCCCACUGCCCACGCCCAGGAGUGCGAUCCGCCACGAGUCGCCGAGUGGGGAGUCAGUUUGUGCACGUCAAUGUCGCCGUGCCCACGUGCGUCUGCUGCCCACUCGCCCCUCCGCUCCUCCCUCAUUGCCCCUUCCCCCCUACUUCACUGCUCCUCUUCUCACCUCCAUCGUUGCCCCUCCUCGCACUUCUCUGGUUGCCCCUCCUCUCACCUCCCUUAUUGCAUGCACAUCCUCUGA